AUGGCGUUUAUGCCGUAUGCUGCAAACCAGACGUGGAUCCCGAUUAAGCCCGCCAACACCCAGUUCGAUGCCAUGUCUCAAUCAUUGAUUUGCUCUGGUGCUGCCAUGGAGGACGGCGGCCGCAACGAAGCCCUCAUCGUUCGUUUACACCCUCGUUCCACUGCAAUGGAUACCCAGAUGCUCACUCCCGACACCCCGGAGCGGUCUCCGACUUGCCACAACGGAUAUCCUUUCGACUCCCCAGAGACCAAGCCUCAAGUAUGGGACUUCCCUCAUGAUGGCUACUACCCCAUCACGCCUCCCACGGAGGAGUGCGAAUCGGAUGAGGAGCUUGCCACUGUUGCAAGCUCCCUUGACCUUGAGGCGGAACCUCUGGUAGCCGUCAUCGGUGUCGGAUACGUUGGAGAGCACCUUGUGGGCAACUUUGCUCGCAAGUUCAACGUUCUCGGUUUCGAUGUCUCUGAGGCGCGUGUCCAGAGUCUUGGCGAGGAAUUUGGCCCAGACAGCAAGGCCAAAUUCACUUGCAAGCCUAGCGAUAUGGCAGCUGCCACGCACUUCCUCAUCUCGGUUCCGACACUACUGCGGCCAGACCAGACCAUUGACGCUUCCUUUCUGAGAUCUGCUCUCAAGAAUGUCGCCACAUACGCUCGCCCCGGUUCGGUGGUUGUCGUCGAAUCGUCCGUCGCAGUCGGUAUGACGAGAGAGCUGCUUGGUCCUCUAGCGAAGGAUCGUCACCUCUUUGCCGGCAUGUCACCCGAACGAGUUGACCCUGGCCGAGUUGAGCCGCCUGCGUUCGCCAUUCCCAAAAUCGUUUCCGGCUUGGAUGAUAUGGUUCCAGGCUCGCUCAAUGCCAUUGUUCGCCUGUACUCACAGGUGUUUGACAAUGUCGUCCCUGUGUCUCGGCCCGAAGUCGCUGAGAUGACCAAGUUGUACGAGAAUUGCCAGCGUAUGAUGUGUAUCGCGUUCGCAAACGAGAUGGCCGAUGCUUGUUUGGGCCACGGCGUUGACCCAUACGAGGUGUCCGGCGCGGCGGCGACCAAGCCCUUCGGAUAUAUGCCGUUUAUGCCCAGCCUCGGCGUUGGUGGUCACUGCAUUCCAGUCAACCCGUACUACCUUCUCUCGAACAGCCAAUUUCCUCUCUUGCAACACGCAACGGAGAAGAUGCGAGCUCGCCCCAUGGCGAUUGCUCAGCGCGCGGUUGACACACUGUGCGCCGAGAAGCUGAGACCCAGUGUCCUUGUCGUGGGCAUGGGCUUCAAGAAGGGCCAGUCGCACCUGGCCAACUCUCCCGGUCUCGAACUCGCAAAGAGCCUCGUGUUGACGGAAAAGGUCGAUGUUUGCUGGGCCGAUCCUCUCGUCAAGCAGGAGGCUGUACCGCAAAUCGCGCGCCUGGACGUCGAAGACUGGAACGUGCGGUCGCUAGAGCAGCGCUUCGACAUGAUCAUCGUUGCUUUUCGACAAACAGGACUCGACUUUGGCGUCCUGGACCAGCUCGACAAGACUCGUGUUGAGAUGUGGUGCAACUAA